AUGCGUUCUGCUUCGGCCUUGGCAGUCGGCCUGUGUGCGUCGCUCGGCGAUGCCUGGCCCCUGUCCUUCAACGGCAUCCUCAAGAAGCGCGCGUCGAGCUUCACACCUCUGAGAUUCAACAGCGAUGGGACUUUCCAGAUCUCUGUAUUUAACGAUCUGCACUAUGGCGAGGCGCAGGGGACAGUCUCCGGUUGGUGGGCCGACUUUUUGUCCGACACGGUGAUGAACUUGAUCUUCUUCUAUGAAAACCCGCAGCUGGUCGUCCUGAACGGUGAUCUCCUCACGGGCGAGAAUGCAGAGUCUGUCGAUACUGCAACCGACAAGUUUGAACAGAUCGCGGGUCGCAUCCAAGCCGCCAACCUUCCAUGGGCAAGCACCUACGGCAACCAUGAUUCAGAGUAUUAUUUGAGCCGAGACAACCUAUUUUCGAAGGAGAAAACGUACACAAACAGUCUGACGCAAAACAUGUUGGCAGAGUCGGCGUCGACAACAGACGUUGGAGUGACAAACUAUUACCUGGAAGUCUUCAGCAGUGACGAGAGUGAUAAGACCCCAAAGUUGAUACUUUGGUUCUUUGACAGCAGAGGGGGAAACUACUUUCAGCGGGAGGACUCGAGUGGUCUCCCUGUAGGUCAGCCGAACUGGGUCGAUCCCGCAGUUGCUUCGUGGCUCAGCACAGCUGCUGCAAACAUCACAAGUACCUACGGAGCCACAAUCCCGUCCCUUGCUUUCGUGCACAUCCCCGUGCAGGCCUUCCUCAAGUUCCAGAAUGCUGGGGUAAACGCGAACCAGGAACCAGGCAUCAAUGACGACAAUCCGUUGAGUCCACAGGACGUGGCCUUUAUGCAGGCCCUCCUCCAGCUCGAGGGGCUAGAAGCUGUGUUCAGCGGCCACGACCAUGGCGACGACUGGUGUUUCAAGUGGGACUCCCAAUUUUCUGGAAUGUCACUCGCUGGAAAUGGUCUAAAUCUCUGCUUCGGACGCAAGAGCGGACACGGUGGAUAUGGCAGCUGGACUCCCGCGUCGCGACAGGUGAAGGUCAGCUUGGGUGGUAACGGGGCUAUUCAGCCUGUUGAGACUUGGAUGCGCCAGGAGGGCAGCACAGUUAGUGGCAGAGUGACUUUGAACUCGACAUUUGGAACAGACAGUUAUCCAGCGGUUGCCAGUACAGACUCAUGGGUAAGGUGA